ACUUGCUGGCCCUUGCAGUUGCAGAGAAUCAAGGCCGACCAGCAAUAACUCUACUGUUCCAUUGCUGUCAUCCAUAGCGAGACCACAGCCCUCUCCUUCCAAGAACAACCCACUAUUCCUUCUUCCCUUAUAUAAAUAAUCUUCCUAUAUAUAUUUCCAUGCAUUCAACCCAAUAGAUAUCAGAGCAUAGAUAUAUUCAUAUAUCAAUUAGUGACGCAAGGAAAGGUCGAUCAUAUAUUAGAGUCAAUGGCCGGAGUUGGGAAUAGGGCAAAUGUUGGUUUCGAAGACUUGUUACCAGGGAUGGCGGACAAGCUCGGCGGUGAGGGGCUGAUCAAGGAGCUCUGCAAUGGCUUCCAGCUGCUGAUGGACAAGGAGAGAGGUGUCAUUACGUUAGAGAGCUUGAGGAGGAAUUCUGCUGUUCUGGGGCUUCAGGAUUUGAGAGAGGACGAGCUUGUGAGUAUGUUGAAGGAAGGUGACUUGGAUGGAGAUGGAGCUCUGAAUCAGAUGGAGUUUUGCGUUUUGAUGUUCAGACUGAGUCCUGAGUUGAUGGAGGAGAGCUGGAUUUGGCUUGAGCAGGGCUUGCAGGCGGAGAUGAAUAGUAAUACUAAGAGUCGACCUUGAUCGAUUGAUUUGUAUGUAGAAAACUGAGGAAGAGUUUUGUGCUUUUUUUUCUUGGUUUGGUUUGCGUUCGCGUCUUUACAUUUUAUUGUUGUUCGUUCUAGCUGGAGCAAUGGAAUUGAAUACAGAGGAAUUAAUUAGUAGAUA